AUGCCUGCACCAACGAUCUCAGAGACAAGAUGCGAUGUUCUCAUCGUGGGCGCCGGCCCCGCUGGCCUCGUGACGGCCGCUUGGAUGGCGCGUUGCGGCAUCGAUGCCCGCAUCAUUGACAAGCGGGGUACCAAGAUUUUCGCCGGUCAGGCUGACGGCCUGCAAUGCCGUAGCCUUGAGAUGUUCGACAGCUUCGGCUUCGCACACCGGGCCUGGCGCGAAGCCAACCACAUGCUGGAGGUAUGCAUGUGGAACCCGGACGAGAAGGGCAUUAUCCGACGCUCUGAUAGGGUGCCGGAUACGCCGCCGGGCAUCUCCCGCUUCACCGAGUGUGUGCUGCACCAGGGCCGCAUCGAGCGCUUCUUCUUGGACCACAUGAAGGAGCACUCAAACAUCGAGGUCGAGCGUGGUGUUCUUCCCGAAUCCUUGGAGAUCAACGAAUCACUGGUUGAUGAUGACUCGGCUCAUCCACUCGUGGUCAAGCUGCGUCACUUGUCUAACGAGGAGGCUACGCCUGCACAAUCAUUGGCUUCUGACGACGUCAAGGCUUCAGAUGGGCUGUUCAGGAGCAACUUGUCCCCAGAUGACACGGACGACUUGUUGCGGAAAAGUUCGGGAAGGGAGGGCACGUCCGAGAUAUUGAGGGCCAAGUACAUGGUUGGUUGUGACGGCGCACACAGCUGGACCAGGAGGCAGUUGGGCUUUGAGCUGGAAGGAGAAGCAACUGACUACAUCUGGGGCGUUCUUGCGGACAUCAGGAACCGUUGCAUUAUCCACAGCGCCAAUGAUGGGAGUCUCAUGGUGAUUCCUCGGGAGAGGGGCCUCGUUCGCCUAUACAUCCAGCUCAAGGAAGUUGUUCCUGACGCAAGCGGGAGGGCGGACAGGUCAAAAAUCACCCCCGAGCUUAUCAUCAGGGCGGCACAAAGGAUCAUCAGCCCAUACAAGCUGACUUACGACUACUGUGAAUGGUGGACCGGCUAUCAGAUUGGACAGCGAGUUGGCAAGAACUUCGACCUCCACCAACGCGUCUUUCUUGCAGGGGAUGCUGUCCAUACGCACAGCCCCAAGGCAGGCCAAGGCAUGAACGUCUCCAUGGCGGAUGCCUACAACCUAGGUUGGAAAAUCGCCUCUGUUGUCAAGGGUCGCUCACCGCGCACCAUCCUCAAGACCUACCAGUCUGAGCGCCGCCGCAUCGCCCAGGACCUGAUCAGCUUUGACCACAAGUUCUCUCGUCUCUUCAGUGGCCGGCCAGCAAAGGACAUUCUGGACACCGAGGGGAUCAGCAUGGACGAGUUCAAAGAGACGUUCCGCACAGCGCACAUGUUCACCAGCGGCCUCAGCGUCGACUACGGGGCCUCGAUGCUCGUGGCCAAAGCUGGUAGCGCAGUGAAGCAGGGCGACGGCACUGACGUACCGGCGAGCCAGGCGAGCACCAAGCAGGUGGUCGGCAAGCAGCAUCUGGCAACCAAUGUGCCAAUGGGCAAGCGGUUCCCCAGCUUCAAGGUGCUGAACCAGUCAGACACGCGGCCGUGGCACCUGGCCGAGCGCCUCCCGGCAGACGGCCGUUUCCGCAUCAUCCUCUUCGCGGGCAACGUGCUGUCUGGCGGGCAGAAGGAGCGCAUCGACAAGUUUUGCGCGGCUCUGGAUGCGCCGGGCUCGUGGCUGCAUCGCGUCACGCCGGCGGGCCAGAAGAUCGACUCGGUGGUGGAGAUUCUGACGGUGCACAGCGCACCGCGCCGGGAGACGGAGCUGCUACGGGACUUCCCCAGCCUGUUGCAUCCAUUCGACGAGAAGAAGGGCUGGGACUAUACGAAGGUGUACGUCGACGACGAGAGCUACCACGAGGGCCACGACCACGCGUACGAGAAGUACGGAGUGGACGGCGAGAGAGGCUGCGUGGUGGCGGUCCGGCCGGACCAGUAUGUUGGCUACGUCGGCGAGCUGGAGGACGUGGGCGAGCUGGCGGGGUAUUUCGGCGGCUGCUUGCUCGACGCGCGGGCGACGGCGGGUGUGGAGUAG